AUGGCCUCAAAGAUUGCAAUUGCUUCCUUGAUUGCCUUAUCGGCUGCUUCGGAGGGCCUUCGACCAUGGGAGGCUCCUGGUCCUAAUGACUUGCGGAGCCCUUGUCCAAUGCUGAAUACGCUGGCAAAUCAUGGCUAUUUACCUCACAACGGCCGCAAUAUCUCGGCCCAGCAGUUUGCCGAUGCAGCUUUCGAGGUCGUAAAUAUCGAUCCCAUGGCCAUCAAGCAGGUUGCAAAUUACUUUCUCAGAGCUGCGAACCAGACUUCCAUCGACUUGACAGACCUGAAUCGCCCUGGCAUACUGCAGCACAUUGCUUCUCUCACCCGAGACGACGUUACAAGCCCUGAUAGCGUGGAUGUCACAGCAUCUCCAGAUCGAAUUCACCAUCUUAUACAAGACAGCGACACCGACUGCAUUACAAUUGCUUCGCUUGCAAAGUCUCGCCUACACGUUGAAGAUUUGUCUCUGCCCAAUGAACUGACUCUGAAGGAACAGAGCUUGGCAUAUGUCGAAGCAGGUCUCCUGCUGUUGACGAUGAAUGAAGGAGAUAUUCCGUCUGGAUGGAGCUUUCCUCCCGCAACCGCAUAUUGCGCCCCCAAGAAAAGAGUAGAAACGUGGUUGAUGGAAGAAAGAUUACCAGAAGAGCUGGGGUGGAAAAAGUCAGAGCGAACGAUUGGUCUCUUGGACUUUGUGCCCGUCAUGAAGGGCAUUUACGAGGAAAAGAGAUUGCAGGCUGGCAAGGGCCCAUUGUGGAAAGCCUUUGUUCCUCCUUUUCUGCAGCAAUCAGGAACCGAUAGUGAGCUAUGA